AUGGCGAAUAACCCUAUAGUGUUCCUCGAAAUCGCCGUAAACUUCGAAACUGUUGGUCGGAUCGAGAUAGAGCUGUUCGCAGACUCGAACCCGACGACGGCUGAGAACUUUCGGGCGCUCUGUACAGGGGAGAAAGGCAUUGGGAAGUCUGGUAUACCACUCCACUAUAAGGGAUCCAUCAUCCACGGUGUAAUCCCAAAUAGAAUAUGGUAUGGAGGAGAUAUCACUCAUGGGAACGGAGUAGGAGGCGAGUCGAUCUAUGGCUCUCCUUUCACGGACAAGAACUUGAUAAGGAAGCACAACGGUAAAGGUAUCCUUUCCAUGGUCAACACUGGUGACGACGACACCUCCUACGAAUCUCAGUUCAUGCUCCUCCUUAGGGAGUCCCCUUACCUCGAUCGCGAUCAGGUCGCUUUUGGAAAAGUUGUGGUUGGGUUUGAUGUGAUUAGCCGCGUUGAGCAGAUGGCUGGAGAUGGAUUGAUUUACCCUUCCCAGCCCGUCACAAUCGCCCAUUGCGGUCAGAUUUUUCCAGAGCCACCACUGGUAGAUCACUCUGUCCCGGCAAAUUAUCUGGUGAAUCAGUUUCGAGUUUUGCAACUGAAGGUCGCUGAGAUGGAGAACACUCUGGCAAAGCAGCCCCGCAUUAUCCAGAUAGAGAACAACUCCAUGAUACUGCACGAGCUGCUCAUGACACCUUUUACCCAGUACUCGGUGCCACAUGAAAGUGAAGGUAAAAGCCCUGCUCAUGACCAUACCUGA